UCUAUUUAAAGCUGAGGGAUGAAAUUAAAUAAUUACUCCUAUUUUGCUUUUUAUCCCUAUCUCUCUCUCUAAUCACAAAGUAAGAUUUUCUCUGCUCUUGGCACGAGCUUAUGAGCCUUCCUAUGGGAUUUUCAUGUGAGGAUGAUUUGGAGAAGAUAGACAGUGAAGUUAUAUUGAUAGAUGAGAGCAGAGAAAGCAAACAGAGGGCUGGCAUGGACUUUCAGUACCACCAUGGAAAUGGGAUUGAAUUCGAUCUCGAUGUGGAGUUUUGGCCAGUUGAACACCCGAUGGAGCCACCGGACGAAGAUCGGCCGGUUAAAUGCCCCAUUCCAACUGCUUCUUCUGUCAUCAAUGAUGGUAAAAUGAAGCAAGAAUGGACAACAGAGAGCUUGCUGAGAGGAAAAGAGCAACCAGAAAUGAAGAAAGUAGCCAUUCAGGCAACCGAGCGUCCAAUCAGAGCAGUCCGGAAAAGGCAACACACUCUCAUCCGUGAUGACCAUUCCAUGAAGCCCCUGACAAGAAUGCCCCCCCUCCCAACCCAGAGUAUCACCAUUUUCCAAAUGCUUCAGGAAGUUGACAAAUUCGAGUCUUGACAAGGUAAAUAUGAAAAAACGGAAGGGGUAUCCUUCCAUUUGGAGAGUAACAAGACAAACAUCAGCGUCGUAAACUUCAGCUCUUUUUGGAAUAGAUAAUCCUAGAUGUAGCCAUAACUUCAAAACUAUGUUAGCCUUCGGUAAACAUAUUCUGUAUAUGUAUCAUCAUGGAACCCACAUGUAGAACAAUGGCCAUCCUACUCACAUUUCCACACACAGUCACAUUGUUCUAUUUACUCCAAGGCCAGACAACAAAUGGCAAAGAGCAAACUUUAGAACCAGACUGAAAAAUAAAUGACAUUACGUCUA